AUGUCUUCACCCCAACUCUGCUUCCGCUCCUUCGUCGAGGCCCUGAAGCAAGACAACGACCUGAUCGAGAUCAACACCCCCAUAAACCCAAACCUCGAAGCAGCCGCAAUCACCCGCCUCGUGUGCGAGAACGACCAAAAGGCCCCGCUGUUCAACAACCUCCUCGGCGCCAAAGACGGCUUCUUCCGUAUCCUCGGCGCCCCGGCGUCUCUCCGAAGUUCACCCAGCGAGCGAUAUGGCCGCCUCGCCCGCCAUCUGGGUCUACCCCCAACAGCUAGCAUGAGGAAUAUCCUUGAUAAGAUGCUUGAAGCGGACCAGCUGCCUCCGAUUCCGCCGACUGUUGUCCCUACGGGGCCGUGUAAGCAGAAUAGCCUAGAAGGAGACCAGAUUGAUCUCACGCAGCUUCCUGCGCCGAUGAUCCAUAAAUCUGACGGGGGGGCAUACAUCCAGACUUUUGGAAUGCAUAUCGUGCAAUCCCCCUGCGGCAAAUGGACAAACUGGUCCAUCGCGCGCGCAAUGGUCCACGACAAGAACCACCUGACCGGCCUGGUCAUCCAGCCCCAGCAUCUAUGGCAGAUCCACCAGAUGUGGAAAAAGGAGGGCCGCGAUGUUCCCUGGGCUCUGGCAUUCGGGGUUCCCCCCGCGGCGAUCAUGGCGUCCAGCAUGCCGAUCCCGGAUGGCGUUUCCGAGGCGGAGUAUGUCGGUGCGAUGGUUGGACAGCCGAUUGAGCUGGUGAAGUGCGAUACAAACGAUAUCUAUGUUCCGGCGACUUCGGAGAUUGUGUUGGAGGGGACACUGUCGAUUACGGAGACGGGGGAUGAGGGUCCGUUUGGGGAGAUGCAUGGGUACAUCUUCCCUGGAGAUACACAUCUCUGUCCGAAAUAUCGAGUCGACAAGAUCACAUACAGAGACAAUGCCAUCCUCCCCAUGAGCUCCUGCGGGAAACUGACCGACGAAACCCACACAAUGAUCGGCUCCCUCGCCGCCGCCGAAAUCCGCAAGCUAUGUCAAAAAGCCUCCCUCCCCGUCCUAGACGCCUUCGCGCCCUUCAUCUCGCAGGUAACCUGGGUCGCGUUGCGCAUCGACACACCCAAACUGCGGUCCAUGCAAACAACACCAAAGCAGUUCGCUAAAGAUGUGGGCGAUCUCAUCUUCAACCACAAGGCCGGGUACACGAUCCACCGGAUUGUGCUUGUCGGGGAGGACAUCGAUGUGUAUGACGAUCGGGAGGUGAUGUGGGCGUUUUCGACGAGGUGCAGACCGGGGACAGAUGAGGUGUUCUUUGACGAUGUGCGUGCGUUUCCCCUGAUCCCGUAUAAUGGGCAUGGAGGGGAGUCGAGGUCGCCGGUGCGUGGGGGGAAGGUUGUCUCUGAUGCGUUGUUGGCGGUUGAGUAUAGCGAGGGCAGGGAUUGGGAGGCGGCGGACUUCAAGGAGUCGUUUCCUGAAGAUGUCAAGAGGGAUGUGCUUGGGAAGUGGGAGACUAUGGGGUUUGAGAAGUUGGAUAUAUAA